AUGUGGCCACCGAAACCGGCCUUUACAGAGCGUAAUUUGGACAGCUUGACUGAUAAAGUGUACAUUGUUACGGGAUCCAACACCGGCGUCGGCAAAGAGCUCGCGCAAAUCCUCUACUCCAAGAACGCAACUGUCUAUGUCGCAGCCCGUAGCCAGGCCAAAGCGACAGAGGCCAUCGACGCCAUUCGCACCGCUUGUCCUUCUUCGACUGGACGCCUCGAAUUCCUCGCCCUCGAUCUGUCCGACUUGGAGGCCGUCGCAAAAUCGGCCAAAGAAUUCCUCACCAGAGAGUCUAAACUGGAUGUCCUCUUCAACAACGCCGGCGUGAUGCAUCCGCCGCAAGGGUCAAAGACGAAGCAGGGAUAUGAGCUCCAGCUGGGCGUGAACAACCUUGGCCACUUGCUGUUCACAGAGCUCCUGACGCCGUUGUUGGCUCAAACAGUUAGAAGUUAUCUACCGUUUUCGAAAGACGCGGUACGAGUCGUCUGGGUGAGCUCGCUGUACUCGGAACUAGGAUCGCCCAACGGCGGCUUCGAUCCAGACAAUAUGAACUACGAGAAGAAAGACGAGGGCACUUUCUAUAAAUAUUCCGUUAGCAAGGCGGGCAUUUAUUAUCAAGGGUCAGAGUACGCAAAGCGACACAAAGAUAAAGGAAUCAUCAGCAUAUCUGUCAAUCCGGGAAAUCUCAGAUCUGAACUCCAGCGGCACCAUGAUCGUGGACUGCUGUCUAAAAUCAACGGAAAAAUUCUUCUUUUUCCUCCGAUCAACGGAGCAUAUUCGGAGCUCUUCUGCGGUCUCUCGCCAGAGGUCACGGCUCAGAGGUCGAGAAGCUAUGCUAUUCCAUGGGGCCGACUUGCCAAGAUCCGAGAAGAUAUCGACAACGGAUCGCGAAGCGUACAAGAAGGGGGGACUGGUAUGGCUGAGAAGUGGUAUGGCUGGUGUUUGGAGCGCGUCGAGCCGUUUAUGACUUGA